GAGCGACUCGUUCCUGCUCUACGACUGCCUAGUCCCGGUCACCUGAUGUGUAGGGCUUGCCCAACACCCUCAAACCUGCCAUUCUUCGGCGCCUUACUCUGCACAGUCGGAACCCUGUUCACUACAGCUUAACUGGGUAAACCGUUGGAAGCACGGCGCCGUAAGGGUGGUGCCGGAAGCACUGACAAUUAAAAUGUCAUUCUUGACUCGUCUCAACACUUUAGCAAGACCUCUCUGCUCUUCUUUCUUCUGCAUCUCACGGCAGGCAGUGGAGAUUGGAGAAUUAUUGCAAUGGAGGUAGAGAUGCAAUAACCAGGAUGGGCAUGAAAACCUGCUCUCUUUCUUCCGUAGUUGAAGCUUCGGAUUUAGAAUGCGACCAGAUUCAUGAGGAUCUGAAGGCAACUGAGAAAGAUUCUGCACUACGCUUAGCUGUUUCACAACUUGCUAAUGAGUUUACCAGAGAGUCAAUGUUAUCUUUGCAGAAGUUUUUUCGUACACGUCAUGCACCUGUGGUUUCUACAGGCUCCCUGAAGCUGGACCUAGCUCUUGGAGUUGGAGGGUUACCAAAGGGUAGAGUUGUGGAAAUUUAUGGACGAGAAGCAGCUGGCAAGACAACACUUGCACUUCAAGUUGUAAAAGAAGCUCAGAAGCUUGGAGGAUAUUGUGCAUAUCUUGACGUAGAAAAUGCAUUGGACCUUUCACUUGUAGAAUCAAUUGGUGUAAAUACUGAAAACCUUCUUGUCUCACAUCCCGAUUGUGCUGAAAACUUGUUGAGCAUGGUGGAUACAUUGACGAAAAGUGGAGCUGUGGAUGUGAUUGUGAUUGACAGUGUUGCUGCCCUGGUCCCAAAACGUGAACUUGAUCAAUUAGGAGUUGGCUGUAAACGAGAUUUUCUGAAGCAAUUAAUGACUCAAGCACUACGGAAAAUUCAUUAUUCACUAUCUCACUCUCGAACUCUUAUCAUUUUCAUUAAUCAGGUUAGAUUAAGUCCAACAUCAGGUCAGGCAUAUGGGCCUGUUGAAGAGGUUACUUGUGGUGGAAAUGCCUUAGGAUUCUAUGCAGCUGUACGCUUGAGACUUUCAAGAAUGGGGUUGUUGAAAAAUGAGGAUCAGCCUGAGGGUCUUGCAGUCUGCGUGCAGGUGGUAAAAAAUAAACUGGCACCUGCAAUGAAAAAGGCUGAAUUGGGAAUCAAAUUUGGAAGAGGAUUUUGCCUUGAAACUGAGGUCUUAGAGUUGGCUUCUGAGCAUGGAGCGAUUGUGAAGCAAGGAGACAGCUACGUUAUCGAAGGAUUGGCUUUUGACAGUAAACUUGCAGCUGAACGUUAUUUGGCUGAAAAUGAUGGGAUUCUUGAUAGAUUGGUCGCGGACUUGAGGCGAGUUUUGUUUUAAAGGGUAUGAUUCACUUUCAAAUGGAUGACUUGUUGCCAUACUCGGCUCCGAUCCUUGACCUUAGCAAAUGUACUCAGUGUUGCCCUCGAUGGGCAUCCCUCAUCAAAUACAGGAUCAGAAGAGCAUUUCUAAGUUAUAGGGGUGUACUGUGUAAUGACAAGAACUGCUGCAAGCUAACUGAUUAAAUUGGACACUUGAAUUGAAUCAUGGUCUGGAAUCUAUAGAUGUACAGCUAUCAAUA